ACUCUGUGAGCCUGUGAGCCUGUGAGCCUGUGAGCCUGAGAAGUGAUAACAUUUUGUCAGCAUUUGAGAAAACUUCCAGGAAUAGAAUAGGGUGAAGGAGUGAAGUUCGGUGGUCGAAUAAGAAGUUGGUGCGGCUGGAUUUGAUGUGUCCGUAGACAUUGGGCAAUUGCCUCGCCUUGUCGCCCAACCUCCUCCUCCUCCUCCCUUUCCUCACCACUGCUGUGGGCUCCAUUUCUGAUCUACCCAGCUGCCACUUGGUGUCUUGGGUGAUUAGGGUUUUGGUUUUUAUUUUUUAUUUUUUUAUUUUUAUCACAAUUAGGUUAAUGUCUGAUGCGGAGAUCCCGGAGGCAGUGACAUGGCCGACGAACGGGAGUCUAACCCUAGAAUGGGUGGAUCAUCUCAUGACCGCCUUCGAAUGGUGUUCCGGGAAUCUUCCUCCCACCGAUUUCCCUUCCCUUAUGCCUGUUGCCGUCUUCGAUAGUCUGGUGCUCACUGCUUCCAAGAUUCUCCACAAAGAACCAAACUGUGUUAGGAUUGACCCCUCCCCCCUCGAUUCCACCGUUGUAGUCGUCGGCGACGUCCAUGGCCAGCUUCACGAUGUAAUCUUUCUCCUCCGGGACUCUGGCUUCCCUUCCCAAAACCGCUUCUACGUCUUUAACGGAGAUUAUGUCGAUAGAGGCGCCUGGGGCCUUGAGACCUUUCUUCUUCUGCUCGCUUGGAAGGUUUUUAUGCCAGAUAGAGUGUUUCUCCUCCGGGGAAAUCAUGAAUCUAAAUAUUGCACGUCUGUAUAUGGCUUUGAGAAAGAAGUAAUGACCAAAUAUGGUGAUAAAGGGAAGCAUGUCUACCGCAAAUGUUUAGGAUGCUUUGAAGGACUUCCUUUGGCCUCCAUUAUAGCUGAACGUGUUUAUACUGCUCAUGGAGGGCUUUUCCGUAGUGUAGCUGUUAACUUGCCUAAGAGAUCCAAAGGAAAGAAAAAUCGGAGAAUAAGUUUUAACCCUGAAAUGAAGUCACUUUCUCUUGGUUCUUUGGAGGAAUUAUCAAAAGCUAGGAGAUCGGUUCUUGAUCCUCCUUGGGAGGGUUUAAACCUGAUUCCUGGUGAUGUGCUGUGGUCGGAUCCAUCAAUGAGCCCUGGUCUCUCUCCAAAUAAAGAAAGAGGCAUUGGUCUAUUGUGGGGUCCUGAUUGCACAGAGGAUUUCUUGAAGAAGCUCCAUCUGAAGUUGAUUAUUAGAUCACAUGAAGGGCCUGAUGCAAGGGAAAAGCGACCUGGUCUUGCAGGAAUGAAGGAAGGGUACACUAUAGAUCAUGUUGUAGAGUCAGGAAAGUUAAUUACUCUGUUUAGUGCUCCAGACUACCCACAAUUUCAGGCAACUGAGGAGAGAUACCAAAAUAAAGGGGCCUAUAUUGUCCUAGAACCGCCUGAUUUUGAUAAUCCUGUGUUUCAUACUUUUGAAGCGAUUACUCCAAGGCCUAAGGUAAAUCCCUACUAUGACUACGAGGAUGUGAUUGAUUCUGAUGAAGAAUUGGACUUUAGCAGGAAUGAUGUACACUCCGCGGAUGAAGGUCAAUCAGUGCCUGUUUGUCACAUAUAAAUUGAUAUUAUCAUUAAUUUGUUCUUGUAUUUGCUUCAAGAUUUUGUUGCGUGUUAAAUUAUAUGUUAUUUUCCCAGCACUGCUAGUUGCCAUCUUCAAAUGUACAGGAAUGCAAUCCAUUAAGCUUCACAAAAAGAACAGUCUACAGUGAAAAACAUUUUGGUAUAAAAUUCCUUAAUGUUUGUGGAGCAUCAAA